GUUGAACAACAAUUUGAAAAUCUGAAUGUUAUUCACUUAUGUUGUGUCACACAUAUUCUGAAUCUAGGUGUACAUGUAGGGUUACAAAAGAUAGCAUCAGAAGUCAAAAAAGCGCGUGCUUUUUCUAGCAAACUGCACAAUUCGUCAUUACUUUUGGAUGACAUGAAAAAAAUUGUAAGAUCAUUAGAAGAGAACUUCAAAAUGCCAGAAAUAGAUGUGCCUACUCAUUGGAAUUCAAUAUAUCUUAUGCUUCAACGAUUCGAGAAAAUCAAGACAAUGACAGAUGUUCUUGUUGCAAGACAUCCAAAUCUUCAAGAUAAUUAUUUGACAUAUGCUGAGCACGAUAUAUUAAAAGAUACAAUUGAAAUUCUUCAACCAAUAAAUGAUGCAACUGAGCUAUUAUCUGGCUCAUCUUAUCUGACAAUUGGUGAUGUGCACAUUGUAAUGAUGAGUUUGCUUGCACAUCUUGAUAUAAAUAGCGUCAAAAAUGUCAAUAGUCAAGUUGAAGUAGCGAGCGCAAUAAAAGCAAAACUUGAAGUCUACUGA